UAAGCCUGCCUGAACCUUGCUCCGAAUUCCGAGUCCGUGCCCUGGAUGCUUGCAAAUAGCUUCCCCAUUCGCCAUUAUAUUUAUUCCCUUUCCGAUCGGCCACCUCAGGCCACUGAUCAGUUCAGUAGUGGCGCAGUCUAGACACUACGGGCAGCAGUAGCAGCACGCCGUUCGGUGCUACAGAACACACAAGUGAACGGAAUCAAUCGCACGUGAAACUCAAGUGUCACGUAACGUAACCAGAAACGGAACAAAGUAUGGCCCACAGAAUGGUUGUCUGCGUACUGCUGGUGCUCCUGUCACUGACGCAAGGCACGCUCGGUGCACCGACCGUGCAUUUAGGGCCACCUCUUACGGAGUCACAAGGCGCACAGACCUCACCGGACCGACCGAAUAGUGUCGCCGAUCGACCAUACAUCGUCGAACCAACGUGGUUCACGGUCACGAUGAGCCCGAUCGAUGUAAGUGGUGGCCAACUGGCCGGAGGUCCGGUGAUGCCCGUACUGCCAGCGCAACCGGCCACCAUGCGCCCGUACGUCGCUUACAUUCCCAUCGCUCCGGCGUAUCAGCGCCAUCAUCUACCGCCCGGUUGGCCGGCCUACCUUCCCGGAGCGCCCCUUCCACCGUACCCCUUGCCGAUGCCAUCCCACAACCAGCUCUGUAAUCAACCAAAUCCGAAUGGCUACCAACUCAUGUAAAGUGUCCAGUGGACGUUGCGUGACAUCAUCCCGAGUGUGUGUGUGUGUGUGAGAGAGAGAGAGUAAAGGAGGAAGAGUGCUGGCUCCCGAAAGCGCAUCUGGAGGAGCUUCAAGUGCUGCUGCUGCUGAUGCCGGGACCACGAAAGCUAUCGAUUACAUGCCUUCUGGAUAAUUUAUUCUUUUCACUGGCAUCUCAUUUGUUACGUUACGAAUAUGCAUCGUCGUGUUUGGGGAAGUCCCCGGUUCUACGCGUCGUGUCGUGGUGUGCGCAUCCCCCCCCCCGGUUCUGGUUUCCCUUCCACGGAUGGACACACGACGGGAGUGCUGUUGUUGGUGUUUUUGUUUGCAUCCUGCUACGAUCCUACGUCCCAGUAUCGAUGACGAAGCUUCUUUUCGGUGGUGCGGACAGUGCGCGCUCCGGACAGUUCGUGUGUCAAAUAAUUUCUUCAAAACAAUAUAUUCAUUUCCAUUUCCUCCCAGUCCCUUCCUGAUCAUCCCCACAUCAUCCCCCAACUGCCUCUGCUUCCGAUGUAAUGAGAAGCAGGACAGUGCGUGUGACGCACCGUCCAGCAAGCUGUAUCUGGUGGCAUCUUGUGGCGUAGCAAACCCAAACAUUCCUUUGCUGAUCAAGCCAUUUUUCAGUAUCGCAUUUCGGGGCGUGUUCUGGCGCGGGAUGGCGUGAGCUUUCGGCAAGCGAUCCAGGAAUCCACGGCCCCAGGAGUUAAUGAUAGCUCAAUAUCUAACUCUCGUGAAACCGCGAAAGCGAAGAUAAUAAAUGAUUCUGCGUUGGAUUCGCCACCGGACGCGGAACCGCUGCUGCUAGGACAAUGUCACCGCGGUUGCUGCGUUACCGCGAUAAUCUAUUAUUGCUGAUGCUGAAGCUGAUGCCGCUGAUGCUGAUGCUGCGAACACUGCGAAAAUGACCGCGAAUUCGCCUAUUUGGUUUGUCGACUUCAACACUUUGUUUACGCUGCGCUGGAGCCUUUGUUUGAAUCGGCCGGUCGGGUGGCCGGCCGGGGACAUAGUUAAACAUUUCUCGCUCCCGGUGUGCGGCCUUGUGGUUUGACAGCAAUGUUUGAUCCUAACCUAGAAUGCGUCCGCCCAGGAAUCGUCCGGUUACUUUGUUUGUCUUCGCAAUGCGGUGCGGUUCGUGUCAUUGCCAUGUGUGGUAGUGGCAGCAUGUGUACGGAAUGGAUUCAGCAUCAACCAAGCCUACUAAGCUCGCCUUUCGCCGGACGAUGCCUUUUGCCAGUCGGCGGCCAGCUGCAGGCUUCAAGGUGGGUCUCGAUGUGUUCCAGGUCACCGCACUUCCCCUUUCCUGGCUUCGGCACCGUAGCAUAUUGCUCUUAAAAGCAUUAACCUCUAAAAACCCGUGUGUUGCAGAAAUGGAUACGGCCAUAACGAGCAACGAGCGAGCGGUCAAAUAUUGUUAUGAAAAUUAAAUAAACAUUAAAGAUGCGCAAAAUAGCUCAUCAAACGCGACUCCUUUCGACGGGCGUACACACGCCCCGUCUCGUUCGGUCGCAUCAGCAGGAGGGGGGAAUGAGAAUUUCAUAACGAAGCACCAUGUUUACCAUUAAUAGUUGCUGGCUAAGCCGUGUUCUCGGUCCCUUCAUUUCGUUUCCGUUCUAUUUACAGUAGUACCGGGCGAAGGCUCGCUUUUUGCCUCGCUGCUGGCCCCACUAUUUGGAGCCCC